GGCAUCCUGCCACCUGUCCACCCACCCCAUGGCUGCCAGCCCCGUGCCUGCGGGGCUCCAGUUACAGUCCUAUAAAGGGGGCUGGGGUGUAGGGUUGAGAGGCAGCUGUGCUGUGUGCUUCACAGCCCUGUGGCCAUGGGGAUUGGUGCCUUUGCCCUGUUCCUCGCCCUGGCAGUGUGUGUCACCCCUGCGGAGAGGAAGUGCCUCCUCUCUGGGUCCUGGCGGAGUGACACCGGCUGCCGGAUGGUCGUGUCCAUCCUCAGCAAGGACGGUAGAUUCUCCGGUUCCUACCUGCCGGGGUCUGCAGCCAGUGACCCCCAAAUCCUCACCUCACCGCUGGAGGGGUCCCAGCAGGACACGGGACUGGUGCCACAGCCCACCUUCUCUUUCACCGUGCACUGGCGGCUCCCAGAUUCAGAGGCAGCACGGACUACUGCCUUCCUGGGCCAGUGUUACAUCAGCACCAAUGGGGAGGAGACCCUGCAUGCCGUGUGGCUCAUGCGAGAGGUGUCUGACAGCCCCACCGAGGACUGGAAAGCCACCCGGAUUGGCACCAGCAUUUUCACCCGAAUAAAAUAACAGCAAGCAGGAAAAUCCAGGAGGCACAGGACUGCGAGGAGAUGGUGGUUUUCCCAGCCAAGCUCUGCCUACACCGACAUGCUGCAUUUCAGCAAUGCUCAGCCCACAGGUUGAUGCUUUCCCAGGCAAGUUCAGCCCAGGAAGAAGGCUGGGCACCAGGUACAAAAUAAAAGGUUACUGUGGGGAUGCAGAGCUUGGCUCUGGUUUCUGCCCUACCUUAAA